CUUCACCUUAUCAGCUAUCAGUACAUUCAGUUUAUAUCAAGCUUUUUCAAUAUUCUUCCUAUUUUAGAUAAAUUUUAGUAUACUUUUAAAGGAUAUUACACUAAUAGAAACUUUUAAAGGAUAUUACACUAAUAGAGAUGUGUAUACAGGUUUAAAUAUUUUGGAUACAAUAGAAUACUAUUUAACUUUAAAUGUAAAUUAGUGCCUUUACUGUUAUAUUGAUAAUAAUAAUUUACUUCCUCUUUCGAUUCGCUGUUCAGGAAUAUGGGAAAGCCAGGGAAAAGGUCAAAGAAAGGACCGGAAGCACGAAUAAGCUUGGGGUCGCUACUACUGAACUACACGAAAAAAGUAGCGUCGGUGGCAAUUAAGAUCAAAAACUGGAUCUUAAGCAAUAUGUUUCGAUUAACAUUGUUUAUAUAUAGGGGAACAUUCGGAAGAUAUGCAGAAGUGAAAGGGUUGAAGAACAAAAUCAAAGAGUUGAAAGAAUGCGCAGUUUCUGAGAGGAAAACAAGGAAAGAAGAGAUAACACAUUUAGAGUCGAGUUUUAGUUUAGUUGAAGCUGAAAAUAUGGCACUGAAAGAACGUGUACAGGAAUUAAUAGCAGAGAAAAAGAUCUUAGAAGAAGAUAAACGAGAUGCGCUCAGAAGAUUAAGUGAACAGGUGUCUGUAAAAUUGCGCGACAAUAAUCCGAACAUAGCAGAUCUAAAUGAUCAAUUUCGUCCGACGAAACUGGCAGAGAUGUUUAGUGAAUUGUAUGACAACGAAUGGACUAGCGCUUAUGCUUUACUCGAAGGACCAUUAGAAGAAGAGCUUGCCAUCGUUGUUCUCCUUGGCAUCGUCAUGGAAGCCUAUGUAUUUUGCGAAGCAAGAGUAGCCGAACCAUGGACCGUAACAACCGAAUGGUUUCUAGAUAUGAGUGUUCCCGGUGCCCAACAAACAAGGAAGUGGCUAAAGGACAGUCUUAAAGCUACCAUCCGUACAAAAGUUCAUGCUGUAGAAAAUGAAUAUGAACUUAAAAUAAUGGCGAUAUGUAAGAACGACAAACUAGCAGAGCUAUUGUUGCGGAAGGAAAUGAAACUGUUUAGGACCAAAUGCAUUGAGCUUUGCUUGCUGAUGGUAACAACUGAUCCGCCUGUUGUUCUUGAAUGUCCUCAAUGGACGUCUAUAACUCAGCCAAAUACCAGCGAGUCUACUAAAGAUGUACCAAACAAGUCAGUAUGUGGCAAAUCUGGAGAAGGAAAGGAAGAUACCAUGCGACCACGUGAAAUUACAUUGACAAAAACUCAUGACGAAUUAACUGACAUUGUUGAAAAUGCAUCUUCUGAGGCUAGAGAAAAGUUAUUAUUCGAUAAAGACCUGUUUAAGGAAUAUACCUGUCGAGGUAAAUAUCUUGAUUACGUAGUCUGGCCAGCCUUGUUCUUGCAUAAGGAUGGGGCGCUGCUUAGCAAAGGUAUUGCACAGGGCACAGAACAGUACCAGGAGGAAGAAAAAGAAGGAUGGACAUGGCUGACAGUAGGACAAACGAAAUAAAUUCGGCUUUAAUUCAGGUCUAGUUCCAUGUUAUUACCAUGUACUUGUGUAGGAUAAUAUGUCUCAAACUGCAAGUUAUUUUCAAUAGCCAGUUCACAACCUUGAAUAAAGAAAAUAAAAAAGAG